AUGCUGAAGAAUCACGACAAAGAGAAUAUUGUGGAACACAUCCAUGCUUAUACCUCGCCACACAGACCCAUGCCAAAACGCAGCCUCCAUGUCAUUUCUGAAGUUACUACCACAGACGACAGACAAACAUUCACCGUACCUACCCUUAUUGACUCCGGCUGCACCAACUCAGGAGACCGAGCGCAAUUCGCCGAAUGGUGGAUCAAACUCCAGAUUUGGGUCAAGGCGAACUGGGACGCGUUUGCCGAUGACUUUGAGGUAGCCACUGCGGUGCUAUCUCGACUAAAAGGACCUGUGGCGGGUCGAUACGCCCAAGUAAGACUUCAGGAAUGCUACACCGCGGGUGUGUGGCCUACCUGGGAUGAUCUCAAGAAGGAGAUCAAAAAAUACUUCAAACCACAAGCUGAGCGUGACUGGGCUCGGCAACAGAUCUGUUUGUUCAAACAGGGACACAUGUCCCGAGAUUGCAGAAAAGGGGCGCAGGCCGCCCAACAAAAAAAUAAUAAUAACCAAGGGCGCCAGGCGCGCCAAUUAGAAACCGAAAAGCCGGACAAUCGGCUUAACUCUUUAGCCGGUCAUUUUUACGACGAAAUCCGGGCCUUUUUCUACGACCAACAAGUCAACGAAAUGAAGGCCCAGGGAAAAGCAUUCGGAGCUUAG